AUGCGGCUGUUGCUGCUGCUGACGUUGGCGGUGCACGCUGCCCUUACGGUGCUGCCAAUUUCCGGUGCGUCGCCGAUGGCAACGCCGGAACCGAGCAAACUGAUCCCACCGGUGCACCAUCGGUGGAGCCGGUCGGAGUCGAUGGACCCGAACGGCCUGUACACCCUCGAGUGGCACGUGGACCAGAAGGACAUCGUUUUCACGGCCACCGCCAACACACGCGGCUUCAUGGGGCUCGGAUUUUCGCACCGCUCCGAGCACAUGGCCGGCUCGGAUCUGGUGCUCGUCUGGGUGGACGAUCGCACCGGCAAACCGAACGUACUGGACUGUCACGGAUCAAAGGACAACCAUCAUAUGCCGGUACAGGACGACACGCAAAACUACCACAUCGAGAGCGGAUUCCAGAACCUGACCCACACCAGUGUCACCUUCCGGCGGGCACUGGAGACUUGCGAUCCGCACGACAUUAUCAUUGGUGCCGAUACGAUGAAGGUGCUGUGGUCGUACGGUGACCGGGACCCGGUGGCCGGCAGUAUGAAAGGUCACAGCAAGAACCGGGGUGCCCGCUCGAUCCACUUUCUCGGCCCGAUGUUCCGCCGGCCCGCGGACCUGCGGGAAGAUCUGCGCCAGUGGGACGUCACGGUGAAAAACGUUUCCAUCGACGCGAGCAUGGACACACUGUACUGGUGCAAGAUCCUGAAAGCGCCCACCUUGCGCGAAAAACAUCACAUAAUCGGCUACGAGGCCCUACUAACCAAGGAAAGCUCCACCAAGCAACCGCUCGUGCACCACAUGACGCUCUUCGAGUGCUCGACCAAUUCGUACCCCGGCUCGGACCCGAACUCCUGGGACGUGUGGGUGAAGAGCAGUGGAGCCGUCUGCAACAGUAACCUGCUGACGCCCCGCGAUUGGGACUCGUGCAUCACUCCGGUGGCGACGUGGGGUGUCGGAGCGUCGGGCCAGUUCCUGCCCGAGCACAUAGGCAUCCCGAUCGGGGGCGAUAAGGGCGCCCCGAAGUACUACAUGCUCGAGGUGCACUACGACAAUCCGCGUGCCAAGCGCGUCCUGGACCAUUCCGGCUUCCGUAUCCACUACACACGCCACGUGCGUCAGCACGACGCGGGCAUGAUGAUCUCGGGCGUUUCCGUCUCCGACACGCAGAUGAUACCGCCCGGCCAGAAGCUGUACCGCAACGUGGGCAUCUGUGGCCCGUCCUGCACCGGUGCCGUGUUUCCCGCGGCCGGCGGUAUCAACAUUGUGUCCGCGGCACUCCACUCGCACGUGGCCGGGCGGAAGAUGAGCCUGCGGCACGUGCGCGACGGCAAGGAACUGCCGCGCAUCGUCGAGGACGAAAACUACAACCACAACUUCCAGCAGGUCCGGCAGCUGGAGAACGAAACCAAUGUGCUGCGGGGCGACUACCUGAUAACGGACUGUGCAUACGAGACCGUCGGCCGCCGGAGACCUACGUUGGGUGGGUACGCGACCAAACAGGAGAUGUGCUUGUCGUUCAUUACCUACUACCCGAAGAUCGAGCUGGCCGGGUGCUACAGCAUGACCCCGGUAAAGGAGUUCUUUGAAACGUUUGGUGUGUUCCAGUUCUACGCGAUGAACAUGACGGACGUCGAGAAUCUGUUCCUGUACAAUGGCAACAUUCUGGACCUGCUGCCGACGACCGUGUUUCCCAACUUUGCCCCCGGCGGGGACGUGGACGACGAGCAGAACCAGCUGGCGAUCCGGGCACUCCAGAACGCGAAGGAGUACAGUAUCGUCGAGGAAGAGGAGGACCUCCUGUACCGGGAAUCGAUCCUCAACAAGCUGAUCAUCUCCGAUCCGGUCGAGUUUCACGACCGCACGUUUCUGUCGCACCUGAAUCAGCUCCCGUGGGGGGAGCCGCUGUUCACGCGGCGCGUCGAGCAGAGCAUACUCACCGGGAAGCACAUGACUUUCUGCCGCGUGUCCAGUGACUCCAUUUCGGUGGCAUCGGAAAUUUUCAAAUAUCCCGUUUUCGAUACGUUCGUGAAGGCGCCCAGCCAGUGCCCGUACCAUCUGUUCAUGGAACUAUCGAACCACCAUACCUCGACGGCGGCUCGCCGGACGACGACGAUGUCCAGCACGAAGCUACUGAUCCUGGCGCUGCUCGUCAUCCUGCACCGACCGUUGACCUCGGCGACCCACUAA